CGGCUCAUUGUGCGAUAAACUGCCAGGCUGCGGUCCGAGCGACGUCACAACUCACGGAACUUUACGCCAGAUAGGAGUUGUAUCGCCGACUGGCCUUCUUUAAUUCUUAUUGUCUGGUGUGUGCAAGAAAAAAGGAGCAGCCUGUGAGGUCAGUGAUCGACAGGCAGCUUUGUCUUGUUGCGACACUCGGCAGCUAACGGCUAACUUACGGUCUCCACCGUCAGGCAGCAGCCCGAGCAGGCGAAGGGCUGCCCUGCUACUUGAGGACAGUAGGGGCUCAGAUGAUCCCCAGUUCAUCCGAUGAACCUCAUCAACUCCAUGAAACCCUCCCUGCCUCCCACACCACAAAGCAGUGACGGCGCCUUCCUAAAUGACCCAGUCUCCUGGCAACCAGGCACCAAUCAGCACACGGGAUCUCUGUCUGUAGUCACCACAGUGUGGGGCGUGACCAAUCCCACACACAGCCAGGUGUUUGGGACUCCAAUGGGUCCAGGUGAGACCCCGGGUGGUCACAUGAUGUCCGGUGGCAGUCCUGGUUUAAGUGCUGGCAUGGGAUCACAGUUUAUGGGCCAGCAGUCUUAUGGAGACGCAGUGUCCAAGGGCUACGGUCAGCCAGUCAUGUACGGACGCCCCAGCGGUGCCUAUAACCCGGCCUCUGCCUACAGUGGAAGUUACUCUGGUAACAGCGGAGGUGCCGGCCUGGGCGUCCGGCCUCCCUCCGACUUCACCCAGGCCGCUGCUGCUGCUGUUGCUGCCGCUGCUGCCACAGCAACUGCUACUGCCACAGCAACUGUUGCAGCAAUACAGGAAAAACAGAACCAGGAGCUGAGCUAUGGUCAGAUGGGUGGGGCGCCCUCUUACAGCACACAGUUCAUGCCUCAUUCCAGCCCCCGUGGCCCUCCAGGUAUGAAUCCUGGUGGGAUGGUCCACUCCAGGCCUGGACCUCCACCUUCCAGUGGAGGCUUGUAUCCUUCACACCCUGCACAGACUCAGAAGCUUCCACAGCAUGCCAGUUAUACAGGUGCCAGUUAUCCAGGUGGACAGCAAGGGCUCAAGCGACCUUUCCAUUCAGAGAGUUUUCCAGUACAGCAGUAUGGUUCUGCUGGUUUGUCAGCUUAUCCUAACCCGCCUCUGCAAUACCCCGCCGGUCCACAGCAGCGGUGUGCCCCCUCACCCUCUUACCCUUCCAGCCGUAUGCCACUCUUGGGCCAGUAUGCAUCUGGAUCACACAACCCAGCGCAGUUUCCUCCUGGUGCUGCCCAGUCCAAUCCACCCCAGUAUUAUAAGUCAGAGUUCAGUGGUCAGGGCAGCCUGCCAUCUGGUGGAGCAGGAGGUUAUAAUGCCUUCACACAAGCUGCAGUCAACGGGCCAGGCCGGGGUGGAGUGAUGCCGGGGUAUCCAAGCUCACCUGUGGGUGGGAAUCCUACCCCUCCGAUGACACCUGGUACUUCCAUACCGCCCUACCUUUCUCCAGGACACGACACAAAGCCACCACACCUUCCACCAGACGCCAAGCCCAACAUCAAUACCCAGCAGCCCCCUACAGGUAACCCCAGUGAUGACUUGCGUCUGACUUUCCCAGUACGAGACGGGGUUGUGUUGGAGCCAUUUAGACUGGAACAUAACCUGGCUGUCAGUAAUCACGCUUUCCAGCUGAGAGAUUCUGUCUACAAAACACUCAUGAUGAGACCUGAUCUGGAGUUGCAGUUUAAGUGCUACCACCAUGAGGACAGACAAAUGAACACUAACUGGCCAGCCUCAGUACAAGUGAGCGUUAACGCCACGCCUUUGUCGAUUGAAAGAGGUGAUAACAAAACCUCCCAUAAGCCUUUGUACCUGAAGCAGGUGUGCCAGCCUGGACGUAACACCGUACAGAUCACCGUGACUGCCUGCUGCUGUUCCCAUCUGUUUGUCUUGCAGCUGGUCCACCGGCCGUCCGUCAGGUCGGUCCUACAAGGUCUGAUGAAAAAGAGGCUGCUGCCAGCUGAGCACUGCAUGACGAAGAUAAAGAGAAAUUUCAGCAGCGGGAGUAUUCCUGGGACCCCCGGGCUGAACGGAGAGGACGGCGUAGAGCAGACUGCAAUCAAAGUCUCCCUCAAAUGCCCAAUCACAUUCAGACGAAUCCAGCUGCCUGCACGAGGACACGACUGCCGACACAUACAGUGCUUUGAUCUGGAGUCGUAUCUGCAGCUUAAUUGUGAACGAGGGACCUGGAGAUGUCCUGUGUGCAAUAAGACAGCUUUGUUAGAGGGACUGGAGGUUGACCAGUACAUGCUGGGGAUACUUGUGUACAUCCAGAACUCUGACUAUGAGGAGAUCACCAUUGACCCAGUUUGUGGUUGGCGGCCAGUGCCUGUCAAACCAGACAUACACAUAAAGGAGGAGUGUGAUGGGCCAGUCCUGAAACGCUGCCGCACAGUCAGUCCCAGUCACAUGGUCCUACCAAACGUGAUGGAAAUGAUUGCUGCUCUCGGCCCGGCUUCUUCUCCUUACCAGAGUCUGACACCAGGGGGCAGGAAUACGCCAGACUACAACAGGCCAGCAAGCCAGGGUUACUCUGGCCAAACGGGCUUCACCGACUUCCCCAACACACCUGGCACCCCAACACUAGGAGAGUUUGGUCCAUCCGGAGCACUGCCUCCACUCUCCUAUCAACCUGAACAGACGUCUCACUCUGGACGAAUCGAACAUUCCCACAGCAUGCUUCAGCAGCACAGUUCUGGUGUUCACGGUAACCAGAGUCUCUGUGAUGCUGGCAGCCCACCGCCCCAACGGAACUCCAAUACCCAGAAUUCCCGGCUGCAAAGUGAAGGCUCUUUUGGCCUGGGAGGCCCAGGAGCAGCUGGAGCAGAGGGAGCUGAUCACUCAUUAGAUCUUCUCCCGGAGCUGACCAACCCGGACGAGCUGCUCUCCUACCUGGGCCCGCCCGACCUUCCCAGCAACAGCAGUGAUGAUCUGCUCUCACUCUUCGAGAACAACUGAGAACCUUCACCCACCGUCACCGGUCAUCUUCUAGGCCA